AUGGGUGGUAACACUGAACAUAUAGCCGGCCAUGGCUACCUCUCCCUCGGCCAGGCCGUCAACGUUGCUCAGAACAGUGAAGGCGGUGUCGACCAGCGCCUGGCUCAAUUUCUCGAAAAACGCCUCGCCGAAGUCUGGGCAAAACUAAACGCUCAUCCUGGAUCCUAUGUUCUUCCCCCAGACGAAUUUGCUCUCUUGAACUACUAUCGCACACGGUUUGGAGACAACGAGAUCGGCUCGAAGAAGCACCCUCCCCUACUCCAGUGCCUACAGCCCAUGCCACCAAUCCUCAGUCCAGUGGACGAAUGUCAACAGAUUAUCAUGAAGCACACUUUCACCUUCUCUUACGGCCAGCCAUUUAUCGGUGAUUACAACCCACCCGACUGCAGGUUCAACAGGGUUACUUUCAACUUUACGGUCACUUCCGCCGGCCUACAGCUUGACAGGCUCGGCCUUAUGUUCCUUGAUGACAUUGAGGUUUUUCGGACUUCGACUGCAGAGCCGACGAAGACUGGCAUCAUCUGGUCCUACGUCAAAGACAUGAGCGGCUAUUUGAGCCUGUUCAAGAAGCCACAUAAAAUCAUUUUUGAUCUAGGAAACAUCGUUGAUGAUGCAUAUACUGGCUCCUGGACUACGACGCUGACGGCAACCUUCUUUACCGCGGAAGACGAGAUUGAGCCAGCAGAUGUCAUCAUUCCAAUCUCUUCUCGGAGGUCUGUUGAUGAUUCCCCAAGCGCAUUUAUCGUACCGGAAACUAGAGCAGUCGACACCAUCAUGUUGCCGCGAAAUGCUAAGAAUGCCGUGGUGACCAUCUCCGCUUGCGGACAAGCUGACGAGGAAUUCUGGUGGACCCACGUACUUUCUUCCGACACCAAUGUUUUUUGGGAAUACACAUCGAUACGUGGUCACUCGCCCUUCCGAGAGAUUCAACUCCUCAUUGAUGGGCAGCUGGCUGGGGUUGCUUGGCCUUUUCCACGACCAAUAGUAGGAAUCGAUGCAUUCGACCUUCAAGAUGACGAAAUCGACAUUACACCUUUCAUAACAUUACUCAAUGACGGAAAAGAUCAUACAUUCGAAAUUCAAGUUCUUGGCAUCGACGAUGAUGGAAAUGGCAGGGGCACGUUCACGACAGCUAUUGAAUCAAACUGGGUCGUCACUGACAAAGUCUUUAUUUGGCUUGACGCAAACAACACGCCUCUAACGGGAACGGGACCCGUCCUGGACUCAGUCGCUUCUAUUCAACUGACCUCUGCAACGAAGGGCGUUUCCUCUUUGACUUACUCGGUCCAAGUAUCACGCAGCAUAUACAUCGAGUCGACACUGGAUACUGCCGAUGGACGAAGGACGGCCAUAUGGAGCCAGAAUUUAACCUUUUCCAAUAUUGGAUCGUUGAGCAAUACGGCAAACGAUCAUGUUGUGCGCCAGUUUACUGCUGGUAAACAAGCUACACUAGCGGGUUACUCGACGAGUUUCGAGUAUCCUCUUUGGGCCCAUUCAUCCUACAAUACCGCGCCGGACGCCAGUGUCAGCAUUGAUGCAAGCAUGCAGCAAGGAAAACAGGUGCAGCAGCUGGCUGACCUAGCAUUUCCUAACAGUUGGAAGACGUUUGGCUAUACUCGCUUGCCAACAGUGUUUUCUCCUAGACGUACUUUUAUUGGCUCCAGCAGGAACAACUCGCGGAAUGGCACAGCACACGACGGGAAGUCGUAUGGCUCAAGUAGCAUAGAGCAGCAUAUGACGCUUUGCAGCGUUGACACUGCACAUGAGGGAACUGUGGUCCAGGAUAGCACACGUGUCCCCGACCUAGCUGGGCAAGUCUGGUCAGCAAGACCCCUUUAUGAGGAACUAUACGAAAGGAGUAUUGUAGCGGCCGACGAAUCGGUCGUGUAUGACAGUGAAAGUUACGGCGGUCAAGAGGUCAAUCGCGCCGGUCACGGUGGGGUGCGCGAAUUUGCGGCAAAGCCAAUCGAGGCAAGACUAGGGCGGGGACCCGCUUAGGCGAGAACUUUGACGAAGGUAGGGAGUAGGAGAAGAGCAGUGUGGGAGUAGCCUAGGAAAGUCUACCGAUGCUGUGUAAGCAGUACAUUUAGAUGGGCAGACAAUACGACAUAGCAUGCGAGCAGGGGCAUUUGGGGCAGUUUUCUGCUGGUGCCAUGGAAAUUUCCACGUCUGGUAACAAACCGGUAACUGUCAUGUCGCUUUGGGAUAGGGGGGCAAUGCGCUUGGAAGCGAUGUCUUUCAUUUUCUUCAUUUAUAGUAGUUCGCUUAACUUGGUAGUUCCACCGCAUGUAUAGUGCAUGCACACAUCUCUGUUGUC